AGACCUUAUCAGUCUCUCUCGGCUCAUCAUCAUCGUGAAGAUCCGCGGUUUUAGAUCAGAGAUGGAAGACUGUCUUGCAUCCGUAACUCAACACACGGAUACACCGACAUGUUGUACUUGUUACUAAUCUCACACCUAUCAUAAAACGUCUUUAAAUGCGGAGAAUCAUUUUAAAAUAUAUUCCUUCAGGUUUGUUCAGUGUUCUGAUGUUGGAAGGCUGAGCGUUCGCUUGGUGGGCCUCUAUCCUACCACAGAUCUGGACCGGGACCGAAACAUACAUGUUCGUGCCAUGGCUAUACCACAUAUGUGGAUCACUUUAUAGAUCGAGUUUUACUACCUUAUCGCCAUACAUAUAUCAUUAACCCAUUCGUCCUUUGUUGAGAGAUGGUAGGUACCUAGGCAGUCACCUAUUUCCCUACCUAAAUCACAACCAGACCUCAACAACGUUAGUAGCAAUGCGUCUAUGUAUAGUUGUCACUGUAGCCUCAAUGGCUCAGAUGGCACUAUCAAUCUCUUGUCGUGGAAAUAGUAGUGGCAUUCCUAAACCACUCGAGUUCAGAAAGUUAGAGAGGCAGUACCAAGCCAAUAUCCGAGCAUCUCUAGGUGUCGAUGGAUGCACAGAAAAAACGAUCCGAAUUCGGAAAUCUUGGGAUGAUAUUGACGUCGCAACAAGAAACGAUUAUGUCCGGGCUGUCAAGUGUUUGGCCGCGAAACCGGCAAUGGUCGACAAAGCCCUAGCCCCUGGAGCCGUCAACCGCUUGGAUGACUUUACAUAUAUUCAUAUAAACCAGACAAAUAACGUUCAUAUCUCUGGCUCAUUCCUAUCCUGGCACAGGAUCUUUGUCUGGCAAAUGGAAGAGGCACUACGAAAUGAAUGUGGAUACAGGGGCACAAUUCCAUAUUGGGAUCAAGCUCGAUUCUCCCAAGACCCCACGAAGUCGAAGGUGUUCGAUAAUUCUUCCUUCGGUGGUGAUGGAGAGUAUCUUCCCAAUGACCACGGCCCAUACACCGUGUUAAUUCCAGGGCUUGCAGUCAAUACGACUACCUCACGGCCUGCUGGCUCUGGGGGUGGUUGUGUCAAGGAUGGCCCCUUCGCCAACUUCCAACUUAGUCUGGGGCCUACGGAUAGACCGUUUAUCGAUCCCAAGAACAAGUAUGGCUAUGAGCCGAACCCUCGCUGCCUGAAGCGGAAUUUUGACUACCCGUCCAGCACGGACUACAUGACUUGGGAGAACGCAAUCAAGAUCGUAGGAGCAUCUGAUGUUGUAACGUUCUACUGGAACAUGGAAAAUUACUGGCAUUUGAAGUCACACCAGUUUCUUGGUAAGGACGGUCUCGAUCUAUUUACCUCACCAAACGACCCAAUCUUUUAUCUACUACACUCUCAGAUCGACCGAAUCUGGGCUAUCUGGCAAGGCCAAAACUUGGAUAAUAGAACGUUCGCGAUCACUGGAAACCGCACCUUCUUCGGUAUCCCACUCGACACUGCGCCAAAUGUGCCACCUUCAAACGCUACGAUCGAGGAUAUCAUGGAUUUAGGACACGGAUAUAGACCCAAGAUCAAAGACGGCAUGCCUAUGACGUACAGUGGAAGAUGUUACAUGUAUGAGUAAUUUGGAAAUACAGGUCGACAAUCGCAUUUAUAGAAAGACGGUACACCUCGGGGUUUGAAUUGGUUCUAUUUAACAGGAAACGCAUAGAUGCAUGGAGGAUAGAAGGUGCCUACCUACCGUACCGGGAAAGGGGGGGUAGCUGCAACGCGUUGAAAUGGGUAUUAAUCAUUAUUGACCUGAAAACAGUUCAAGCUGUACCAACAGUUACAGCGCUUAGAAGUACCUUCCCAUACAAAUUAGGUGGAGAGGUACAAGGUUGUAAUGACAACGUUUAUAAAGGCUCAAAACCGUUGAAAUAGUUGAAGCUAUUCCCACCAAGCGUUGAAAUAAUAGAAGUAGGUAAAGUUUUACAACCAUUGCAA